GCGCCGCCAUGGGGAGGGGGCGGGGCCGGCGGGGGACGGUGGCCGACGAGGGACGCGACCGGCCGGGGGCUGCACGAUGAUGCGGUUCAUGCUGCUGUUCAGCCGGCAGGGCAAGCUGCGGCUGCAGAAAUGGUACCUGGCCACGUCCGACAGGGAACGCAAGAAGAUGGUGCGGGAGCUGAUGCAGGUGGUCCUGGCCCGCAAGCCCAAGAUGUGCAGCUUCCUGGAGUGGAGGGACCUCAAGGUUGUCUACAAGAGGUACGCCAGCCUCUACUUCUGCUGUGCCAUCGAGGGCCAAGACAAUGAGCUCAUCACCCUGGAGCUGAUCCACCGAUACGUCGAACUGCUGGACAAGUAUUUUGGCAGCGUGUGCGAGCUGGACAUCAUCUUCAACUUCGAGAAGGCGUACUUCAUCCUGGACGAGUUCCUCAUGGGCGGGGACGUGCAGGACACGUCCAAGAAGAGCGUCCUGAAGGCCAUCGAGCAGGCCGACCUGCUGCAGGAGGAGGACGAAUCACCACGCAGCGUUCUGGAGGAGAUGGGACUGGCCUAAUCCUCUCCCCUCCCCCCCGCCCCC